AGUGUUGUUCGGUAUAAACACGGACUUUCGGUUAGUAUAUGUCAGUUCAGUUGUAUGGAUCAAAUGUAGGUUUUUUCAAUAUGACUUGUAAAAAUAUGCAUCAUAUACAUACUUUAAAUCUGUUGAAUUUGUCGGCGGAGAGUCGUUGUUUCCCUAAUCGGUACGUACGUGUACAGGGGUGAAGUAGUUAUCUGGAACGCUAAGAAACUGCUGCUGACUGCUAAGUUUGGAGCAUCUUUCAUAUUAUCUUUGGUUUAGCGAAGGGAGCACGUGUGUUUACAAAUGAAGUGUGUAAUAGCAGACACUGAUGUUUACGUUUUGAUGUGCGUAGUAAGAUACUGCUCUUAAGGUGCUGUUUGUCGUGUAUUAUUCGCUGUGUGACAAAAAUUUACCCGAGUUUUGGUGUAAAAUGGAUUUUAAUGAGAGCAUUUCGAUAAAUGUUGGAAGUUUUUCUUCUGAUGUCGACAACAUAUCGAAGGUUGGGAAGACACGUUUAACAGUACCUUCUGCGCUUUCCAACAAAGGUAUGGUAAAGAAAGCUGUUAAGCACAAGAGAAAAUUUUCCAAAGUUGAAGGUUUCAAUAGGGAAACUGUUAGUGAUACACACCUGGAUGAACAAGAAUCUGCACAUAUUCAGUAUGAGAAAUCUACCAGUUCCAUACCUCAUGCCACAGAACGUUUUAAGACAAAGAAAUCUAAUGAUGCCAAGAAUAGAGAUGACUUUCCUGAGAAUGGAAUCGAGCAGGACACAAAAGAAAGCCAAUUUCGAGCAAGGAUGUUGGAGAAACAGCCCACAGAACCAGUGAAGGAAAUUUUAUUUUCUACGGAGGAAUUUAAAGCGUUGCCUAUUCAUCCUUUUACUGUCUCUAACUUGAACCAAAAUAUGAAUAUAAAUAAGUUAACUAUGGUUCAGAAGCUGGCAAUACCAACCAUAUUAUCAGGUGUGGAUGUUUUAGUUAGAUCACAGACAGGUAGUGGCAAAACUUUAGCAUAUGCAGUGCCUAUAAUUGAAGCUUUGCAAAAAAUAAGACCAAAGCUGUCACGAAAGGAUGGUGUCCAUGCCCUCAUUAUCGUGCCAACCAGGGAAUUGGCUCUACAGACUUACGAAGUAUUCGUCAAACUUCUUAAACCAUUCACAUGGAUAGUACCCGGAUGCCUGAUGGGUGGCGAAAAGCGGAAAUCGGAGAAAGCACGGCUAAGAAAAGGAAUAACUAUAUUGGUGGGCACACCUGGGCGACUUUUAGAUCAUGCUAACAAAACUCGUGCCCUGAGGUUUGAUCGUACCUCAUGGCUGGUUGUAGAUGAAGCAGACAGACUGUUUGAACUGGGCUAUGAACGUGACAUUAAUGCCUUGCUGCAGUUGUUGGAUGAUCACCGGAAAGAAUAUGAAUUGUGUUAUGGUGCUGGAUAUGGUAGCAUUCUUCGUCAGAGUGUACUCCUCUCUGCAACACUUACACCAGCUGUUAAAAAUCUUUCUAAUCUUGCUCUAAGAGAUCCGACAUACAUUGAGACUGCUGAAGAAGGUGGAACUGAAGUAAAGAAGGAUACAGAUAUCACCCUGCCUUCAACUUUGUCUCAGUACUUUAUGAUGACACCAGCAAAACUUCGCCUUGUCAGUCUCAUUGCAUUCAUUGUCUGCAAAUGUCAGUUCAGUGAAGAAAGGAAGAUCAUAGUGUUCUGUGGAACACAAGAUAUGGUGGACUUCCAUACAGACAUAUUCUCAGUAGUUCUGAAUGAUACUUCAGCUGCCAUUGGUAAUAUAUCAUCUGAGGAUGACAUAUCAGAUGAAGAGAGUGAAUCAAACUCAUUGAAGAAAAAGAAGAAACUUAAAACACCUCUUGUUGUCAAACAAGAUGAAGAAGAAGGAGCCCUUGCAGAUAUUGAUGUUUUCCGGCUGCAUGGACAUAUGUCUCAGCAGGAAAGAACAGAAGUUUUCAAAACAUUUAGGAGUGCCUCGCGUGGUGUGCUUUUCUGCACAGACGUGGCGUCCCGCGGCCUGGACCUGACGCUGGUGGACUGGGUGGUGCAGCUGUCGCCGCCGCAGUCCGUGUCGCACUACGCGCACCGAGUGGGCCGCUCCGCUCGCGUCGGCGCCCACGGCUCUGCUUUGCUCUUCCUCGUCGACUCGGAGCUCGAGUUUGUCGAGAGACUCCACGAAGCUCGCAUCAGCUUAGAGGAGCAAGAGAUGUCUACCUACUUCGAGUACUUAAAGAUGGCCGUUAAUGCUUCGCCGAGAUGGAAAAGUGAGCUGGAAACCUACCUUCAUAAAGCAGAAACUGUAGCAGUAGGUCUCCAGCACUCUCUUGAAGACAUCGUGUUAAACGACGAGAAACUUAAGCAGAAGGCAUGUAAAGCUUAUACAUCGUGGAUGCGCUUUUACUCGAGCUACCCGAAGGAAGUGCGGUCUAUCUUCAACAUGAAGCGGGUGCACCCAGGGCACUUCGCGUCCAGCUUCGCGCUGCGCAUGGCCCCGUCGCAGAUCGUCCGCUGCUCCAAGGGUCUGCCGACUACCCCACUCCCGCCCAGGCCGAAGAAGACACACUCGCCCGUCAAGAGGCCACAGCAGCCGAAGUCAACAGUUUCCGAGUAUGACAGCGGGUUACCAGCCAUCAAAAAGCGACGUAAAUCUGGAAUAAAAUAAAUGAUCGAUGAUCAGAAAAGAAAAGAAAGAAAAAAAUAUGAUGUGUGAAACAUUCCUGAACUACGUGAGCAGUUGCUCUGUGCGGCAAAUGUCGGUACAUAACUGAGAAAGAAAAAUUGCUAAUGUGCUUUGAGACAUGUAAUGAAACCUUAUUCUCCUACCACUAUGCAGUAGUGCACUGCAGAUCUUUACCGUAAUUGGACUCAUAGUAGCGAACAACGUUUUAAGAUAAUUCAUUCUAUAGCACUUUCCCAUAAUCCAUGACGUCAGACGAGGUUCUUUCGUGUAAAAGGAAACGUACACGCAGAGUUUUCUUAUUUCAUGAGUAUGUUGUGUUUGAGGGGCCAAAAUUAUGUAAACGUGAUAACUGCAUAAGCAUAAACUCCCUUAUAGCCGUGCGUCUUGCUGUGCCGCUUCCGGGACGGGAAGGUGCGCCGACCGCGGAUCUUAUCUGCCUGGCGGAUUGACGACGAGCGUCGGUGUUGUUUUUAGGCGGUUUCCAACAUCUCACCAGAUAAAUACUGGGCAGGUACACAGGUCCCGCACCGAGCGAGGUGGCGCAGUGGUUAGACACUGGACUCGCAUUCGGGAGGACGACGGUUCAAUCCCGCGUCCGGCCAUCCUGAUUUAGGUUUUCCGUGAUUUCCCUAAAUCACUCCAGGCAAAUGCCGGGAUGGUUCCUCUGAAAGGGCACGGCCGAAUUCCUUCCUCAUCCUUCCCUAAUCCGAUGAGACCGAUGACCUCGCUGUCUGGUCUCCUUCCCCGAAACCAACCAACAGGUCCCGCCUCAGUUACAUGAUUCGCAAACAUUUAGAAAAACAUUCGCACUCCUUCGUAUAUAUAACACUGCACGCAGAAAAGAUACAGAUAUUCCCUCUCAGAGGGAUAACAGGGUGUCGACAGGAACGGUAUCUUGCCACCCUGUAAAUUAAUCAUACCAAAUCCAUAGUAAGCAUUCAUACUCUGUUUAGGUGCGGGACAACGACCAAGAAAGAGAAGAAAAAGAAAAGUUUCGUAAGUAUAAACGUGUUGGUACAAUUACUCUUUUUAAAAACUAGUCUAACUCUUAUUAAUGUCUUAACAGAACGUGGAGAUCGGAGGCUUGACUGCUCUGUAAAGUAUGAUAGAUGGUGAUCUGCGGCAUCUCUGCAGAAAGAGCACAAUCUGAUGCACGCACAAGUGUUCCGGGGCACACCGUUCAUCGUACAUUGUUGAACAUGCAGCUCUGUAGCAGACCAUCCCUACGGGUUCAAAUGGUUCAAAUGGCUCUGAGCACUAUGGGACUCAACUGCUGUGAUCAUAAGUCCCCUAGAACUUAGAACUACUUAAACCUAACUAACCUAAGGACAGCACACAACACCCAGCCAUCACGAGGCAGAGAAAAUCCCUGACCCCGCCGGGAAUCGAACCCGGGAACCCGGGCGUGGGAAGCGAGAACGCUACCGCACGACCACGAGAUGCGGGCCCUACGGGUUCACACGUUGACUCAACGACAUCGUGAAUUACGAUUGCAGUGAGCAGGGGUCCAUCGGGAUUCGACCUUCGAUCAAUGCAAACGUAUCGGCUGUUCAAGGGAAUCACAUUUUUGCGACACUAACUCGAUGGUUGUCUCCACAAACGUAUUCACCGAGGUGAACGGCGGCUCUCAACGUUCAAUGCGUCACGGGCGCAGGCUGGUGGGAGCAGUAUUAUGCUGUGGGAAACAUUCUCCUGUGCGUUCGUAGGAACUACGGUAGUAAUCGACCACCUGCAUCCAUUCACGCUCGAUCCUUUAUCGUGACACUGUGUGAUCAGUCAAUGGUGUACGCCGUCUCAUCCCUAUUUGCAAAAAUCCGUUGCUUCUAAGCAUCAAGAGUAAAAUUGUUUAUUUUAAUGUGCAGUUGUUUUCUUCAGGAUCCUACUCACCAGAAUACUGACUAUUUGUAGAUACUCCUUCAAGAGCCCCCUCGGCACAGCAUUUGGUAGGGGGGUAAGGUUCUCCUGCUACACAAAGUCAUAGUUAAAUAUGUGGAUGUCGUGCUUAUGUAAACAGACGUAGGGUACGCUUACGUCCCACCGUGAUGGAAAGAGGCACUACCUGGAAGGGGUAGUGCCGUCGGAGACAACAAUUUUAUUUUUCGAAGUUACACAUAUCCAUAUCGAUGAGCAAUUUUUUUAAAUGAACUUCAGUAAUCGUGGGAUCUCGGAAGCAAUAAAAGAUUAUAAAGCUCAUCAAGCUGUACAGUCAUACCUUAACACAGUAAUAAAGAAAAUGAAACAUGAUUCCUUAA